AUGCCUAAUUUAGGGUGCUAUGUUCGGCUCCACACGCGUAUUGAUGGGGAGAAUAUCGCUCGGCCUUACACACCCAUUAGCUUACAUUCAGAUCGGGGCUAUGUCAAAUUUUUGAUAAAGGUAAGCAUUCCUGUUUCAGUUUCGCUUUUAGCUUGUGGAACUCUGCUCCCUGAGGCCGGGUCUAAAAUUAAUCUAGCUGGCCAUAAGGAGGGUCUCGGCGACUUUAUCCUGAGUAUGAUUUUAAAGUCCAAGAUGUGUGGUUCUGGCUUAGCAUUUUAUGAGGACGUACUUUUGUAUUUUUUGUGUACCUUUGACAUGGCAAAAAAAACUUCAAAUUUUCGCUUUUCGUCUCCGUUUCCCAUGCAGACAUAUCGCAAGAACGUCCAUCCCAACUUCCCAGCAGGUGGCAAAAUGACGCAAUUCCUUGAGUCCCUCACUAAUGACAGUUUGGUCGAAGUUAGCGGCCCAUGUGGCAACCUCGUCUACAACGGUGAUGGCUGUUUUGAGAUCAAGGGCUCGAACCCUCGAAAGAUCCAUGCUAAACGCAUCAGUAUGAUUUGUGGUGGCACGGGCCUGACUCCGAUGUAUCAACUUAUUCAAGCCAUCAUUAAGUCAGACACUGAUAAUACGAAGAUCGCCCUUCUAUAUGCCAACAAGACGCAGGAUGACAUUUUAUUGAAGGACGAACUGGACAAGCUUCGUGAUGAUAACCCUGAUCAGUUCAGAGUUUGGUACACUGUAGAAAGCCCGCCGUCUCUUAAGUUUUCUGAACAAGUGUCCUUGCCAAUUAUUGGCCGUUGCUACCUUCCUAAUUUCAGAAGAGCCCCAAAGUUCAAAGGCAGUUUUAAACCAUUGUUGUUCUUCCUAUCUUCAGGCUGGCCCUAUGGUGUCGGCUAUGUGGAUUCGGGCAUGCUUGAGGAGCACAUUUUCCCCUCAGGGCCCGAUUCCUUUGCGCUCAUGUGUGGUCCUCCGCCGAUGUUGCAGUCUGCGUGCAUACCCAGCCUGAAGGCCGUUGGCUACACCUCUGACAUGUACUAUGCCUUCUAA